AUGGCUCUCAGGAGUUUCCCCAAAUUCAAGUUUUACAAUGUAACAGUGCCAGCCCCAUAUGUGGUCCAUGUGGAAAUCAACCGGGCGGAAAAAUUGAACGCAUUCUACGGGCCCAUGUGGCUCGAGUUGAAGAGCAUCUUUGAACAGUUGUCCCUGGACCCAGAAGUGCGGUGUCUCAUGCUCUCCGGCGCAGGUGAUCGCGCAUUUACAGCAGGCCUCGACGUUGAAGAUGCAGCCAAACCGGGGAACGCAAUUUCGUCUGCAGGAUUUGCUGACCCUUCUCGUAAGGCGACAGUUCUACGACGACACAUUCUCGAAUUACAAGAGGUCAUUUCGACCGUGAGCCGAUGUGAGAAGCCGGUGAUUGCGCUGAUGCAUGGCUACGCUUAUGGGCUCGGGAUCGAUCUGUCGUCGGCGUGUGAUAUCCGAUUCUGUACCGCGGAUACCAAAUUCUGUGUCAAGGAGGUCGACAUCGGGUUGGCUGCAGAUGUAGGCACAUUGAGUCGAUUGCCGAAAGUAGUGGGAGGGGUGACGAGCUGGGUCAAAGAAGUGUGUCUCAGCGCACGGCAAUUCUCAGCAGAAGAAGCAUAUCAAAACAAGUUUGUGAGCCGGGUGGUCAGCGGAGGGAAGGCUGAGCUUAUCAGGGAAGGGCUGGAAUUCGCUCAAUACAUGGCAAGCAAGAGCCCGGUGGCAGUACAAGGGACAAAGAAUAUCCUGGACGCAGCGUGGGGAAGAACAGUGGAAGAUAACCUCAACUACACGGCGGUAUGGAAUCAGGCGAUGCUGCAAAGCACGGAUGUUCAAAGAGCGAUUUUAAGUGGACUGCAAAAGAAGACGCCGACGUUUGAAAAGCUGUAG